AUGGGGAGGUCCGGGCUCUGUGUCGCUGGGGCCCCAGGUUUGGGCUCGCUCCUGGCAAUUGGCCUACUGUUGCUGCAGCUUUUGGGGUCUCCAGGCUGCCACUGCUAUAGUCUGCCCCCACAUCAGAAGGUUCCAUUGCCUUCCCUUUCUCUGACUAUGCAGGCAGGCACCAUAGGCCGUUGGGGAAAAAAAGAAGGGGAGAAAAUCAGUGAGGGAGACCUCUUUGCAGAGGUUGUAACAGGUAAAGCCACUGUUGGGUCUAAGAGCCUGGAAGAGUGCUAUAUGGCAAAGAUACUUGUUGCUGAAGGUACCAGGGAUGUUCCUGUUGGAGCCAUCAUCUGUAUCACCGUUGGAAAGCCAGAGGACAUUGUGGCCUUUAAAAACUAUACCUUGGUUUCCUCAGCAGCACCUAUGCCACAGGCAGCCCCAACUUCAUCUCCAGCGGCUGCCUCAACCCCUGCACCUUCUGCUCAGGCUCCCGGCAGUUCAUAUACAACUCAUAUGCAGGUGCUUCUUCCAGCCCUCUCUCGCACCAUGACCAUGGGCACAGUUCAAAAAUGGGAGAAAAAAGUGGGUGAGAAGCUAAGUGAAGGAGACUUACUGGCAGAGAUAGAGACGGACAAGGCCACUAUAGGUUUUGAAGUACAAGAAGAAGGUUAUCUGGCAAAAAUCCUGAUUUCUGAAGGCACAAGAGAUAUUCCUCUAGGAACCCCACUUAGGAUCAUUGUAGAAAAAGAGGCAGAUAUAGCAGCACUUGGCGACUAUAGAGCAACCGAAGUAACUGACUUAAAACCACAAGUACCACCACCUGUCUCACUCCUGGUCUCCAGUGUUCCUACAACUCCUCAGCCAUUAGCCCCUACACCCUCAGCCUCUCCUGUUGGGAUAGCUGCUCCUUCUGGACCAAAGGGAAGGAUAUUUGUUACCCCUCUUGCAAAGAAGUUGGCAGCAGAAAAAGGGAUUGACCUUUCACAAGUAAAAAGGAUGGGACCAGAGGGCAAAAUCAUCAAUAAGGACAUCGACUCUUUUGUGGAACUAAUCCACUGCUUCAGCUAUUUGGAAGGGUGUAAAAUUAACCCACAAAAAUCAGUGGCCUUUCUGUAUGCUAUCAAAGUAACAGCAGAAAGAGAAAAUCAUUAA